AUGGCUUCAAGUUCAGACAAAACUACUCCUCCUUCAGAUGAGAAAAACGAUUCCAAUGAGCAGAGUAAGAACACUAAACCGGGAUCAGCCUCAGGAGCUUCUCCUUCACCUUCUCCGGCCAAUCCUGCCCUUGACUUCAGUGCUUUCGAUUUCUCCGGCAUGGCCGGUCUUCUCAAUGAUCCAAGCAUCAAGGAAUUAGCAGAGCAAAUAGCUAAAGAUCCAUCAUUUAACCAGUUAGCUGAGCAGCUUCAGAAAUCUGUUCCAUCUGGAUCGCAAGAAGGAGGAGGGAUGCCUAACUUUGAUCCAGAACAGUACAUGCGCACAAUGGAGCAGGUUAUGGGCAAUCCUGAGUUCAGAACAAUGGCCGAGAAACUUGGUAACGCUUUGGUGCAGGAUCCACAAAUGUCUCCGUUUCUUGAGGCAAUGGGGAACCCUGCAGCAACAGAGCAAUUUGCUGAGCGUAUGGCUCAGCUGAAGGAAGAUCCUGAAUUGAAACCUAUACUUGCUGAGAUUGACGCUGGUGGUCCUGAGGCUAUGAUGAAGUACUGGAAUGAUAAAGAUGUGUUGAAAAAGCUUGGUGAAGCUAUGGGGAUAGCUGUUGGAGGAGAAGCAGAUCAGAAUGUUGCGGCUGAGCCUGAGGAGGCUGAAGAAGGUGAAGAGGAAGAGUCUAUUGUUCACCAGACUGCUAGUCUCGGCGAUGUUGAGGGUCUGAAAGCUGCCUUGGAAUCUGGUGGUAACAAAGAUGAAGAAGACUCAGAGGGAAGAACCGCUUUGCAUUUUGCUUGUGGAUAUGGAGAGGUGAAAUGUGCUCAAGUUCUGCUGGAUGCUGGAGCAAAUGUCAAUGCGGUUGACAAGAACAAGAACACACCGUUGCAUUAUGCAGCUGGUUAUGGAAGGAAAGAGUGUGUGAGCCUUCUCCUAGAUAAUGGUGCUGCAGUCACUCUGCAAAACAUGGACAAUAAAAAUCCAAUUGAUGUGGCCAAGCUUAACAAUCAGUUCGAUGUGGUGAAGCUACUUGAGAAAGAUGCUUUCCUCUGA